UUCUCCUCCUUUACGGCAAAUGGAAUAUGGCGGAGGGUGAGAAAUCCCAAGACGGACUGGAGCUCAGCAAGAAAUGGCUGGAGGCUGCAGACAGCAGGGCAGAGCUGCUCUGCUACCUGAGGGAGCAGGUGCCACGAAUCUUCUGCUUGAAGAAGGAGUCCAGCCCUCAGGAGGAAGAGGAGCUCACACAAAAGCGACUCCUGCACCCACUGGAGUGUUUCCUGUUUGGAGAGGAUCCUCAGGAGGGUCUGGAGAAGCUCAAUCAGGGCUGCACUUCCUCCCAAAUCUGUGGACGCGUUUUCAAAGAGGGAGAGACUGUCUAUUCGUGCAGGGAUUGCGCCAUAGAUCCUACUUGUGUUCUGUGCAUGGAUUGCUUCCAGGAUAGCGUUCACAAAAGCCAUCGUUACAAGAUGCAUGCAUCAUCAGGCGGGGGCUUCUGUGAUUGUGGGGACGUGGAGGCCUGGAAGAUCGGCCCCUGUUGCUCCAAACACGACCCAGGGGCAGCCACUGCCAUGGUAAUGGAUGACUGUGUGUUAGAGCCUGAGUUACAGGAGCGUGCUGAGAAACUGUUCCGUGUGCUGCUGCAGUACGUCACAGAUUUCCUAGUUUGGGAGGAAAAUUUAGAGCUGUCAGCUGAACUCCAGCCUCGGCAGAAAGAAAACUCAUACUUCUGUGUACUGUACAAUGAUGAGCACCACUCGUAUGAUCAUGUGAUCUACACCCUGCAACGUUCAGUCCACUGUGAUCAGGCUGAAGCACAGACGCACACAGCACUUAUUGACAAGGAGGGUCGACGGGCUGUUAAGAGAGGAACUCUUAUGUCCUGCCAGCAAGCAAAAGAUCUCAUUAGGUCAAACUCCGAGCACAUUUCCCUGCAACCGCUACGUGUGGAGAUCCUUCACUCAGCAGUAAUGGCUCAUCAAACCUUUGCUUUACGUCUAGGCACCUGGUUCCAAAAGAUCAUCAGUUACUCAGUGGGCUUCAGGCAGGCCUUCAGUCAAGUGGCAUUGGAGCCAAACACAGACAGAGAGCAGCCCUGUUUCAUCAGUAGACUCAUGCUGCACGAUGCCAAGAUGUACAAAGGAGCUCGCAAGAUUGUACAUGAGCUGAUUUUCUGUAGCAUGCUAAUGGAGACUGAGUUCAAGAGGCUUUUCGCGAUAGAGUUUACAAAGCACUACAAGCAGCUGCAAAAGGAUUUCAUAAAUGAUGACCAUGAGAGAAGUAUCUCCAUCACUGCUCUGUCUGUACAGAUAUUCACUGUUCCAACACUGGCCAGGCAGCUGAUUGAAGAGGGAAACGUCAUUAAAGUGAUAGUCGAUACGGUCAUGGAGCUGCUGCGUGAACAUCUGGAUGAUAACAAUCGCUUCUUCUUCCUUGGAUACAACUCAGACAAGUUCUCCCGCAUCCAGAUCAUCUUCCAUGACCUCAGGUACAUUUUAAUCAGCAAACCCUCAAUAUGGACUGACGAGUUGCGGACACAGUUCCUAGAGGGGUUCAGAAUCUUCCUUGGACUCCUCAAAUGCAUGCAGGGCAUGGAGGAAGUGAAGCGCCAGUUUGGUCGGCAUAUUGCGGUGGAGCCGGAAUGGGAGGCUGGCUUUUCUCUCCAGAUUCAGCUCCGCCACAUUCUUGCAGUGUUUCAGGACUGGUGUUCAUCUGAUGAGGAGAUCUUGCUGCUUACAUUUAAAGAGUGCCACACGACCCUGAUGCAGUGCAAUAAUCAGCCCUUCCACAGAGAAGCUUCAGACUACUACAUGUGCAAACACAUCCUCCAUGUUCGCCCUUACAAAGUGUCUCAGGAGCCUGUCAGCAUACAUCUUCCUAUCUCCAGGCUACUGGCUGGCCUUUACAUACUUCUGUGCAGAACAGGGGCAGUGGAACGACUUGAUAAUCAGGAGAGUUAUGACUUUACUCAGCUUGCAGAGCAUCCUCUGCGCUGUGUGGUCCUGGCUGCUCAGGUCUCAGCUGAGAUGUGGCGAAGAAACGGUCUGUCAUUAGUCAGCCAGGUCUACUACUAUCAGGACGUAAAGUGCAGGGAUGAGAUGUACGAUAAAGAUAUUCUCAUGCUUCAGAUUACUGCUUCCAAAAUGGACCCUAACCACUUCAUCAUGCUGAUCUUGUUGAGAUUUGAACUCUUUGAUUAUUUCAGUGGAAGCUGUUCAAGCAAAGACCAGGAUGAGCUGAUACAAUGGAACCGUUUGACUGAAGAGAUGCUGUAUCUCAUCAUCGUCAUUGUCGGUGAACGUUAUGUCCCUGGCAUUAGUGAUGUGACCAAAGAGGAUGUGACGAUGAGGGAGGUUAUCCACCUGCUCUGCAUCGAGCCCAUGGCUCACAGUAGCCUCGUCAAGGGACUCCCAGAGAAUGAGAGCCAUGAAACGGGCCUGGAGUCUGUUAUUACCAAAGUUGCGACUUUCAAAAAACCUGGGGUUUCAGGGCAUGGACUGUAUGAAGUGAAAAAAGAACGCCUGGUCGAAUUCAACCCUUUCUUCUACCAUUAUUCAAGAUCACAACAUAGCAAGGCUGAAGAGUCUCAAAAGAAGAGGAGGACUCAGGAGAGCAACGAUAAAGCGCUGCGUCCUCCGGUGCCCCCAGCCUUCUGCCCAGGUUUCUCCAGCAUAGCGCGUCUGCUCUGCUGUGACAUCAUCAUCCAUGUCCUGAGGCGUGUCCUGCAGAGAGCUGCAGAGGACCGGGCUACUCAUUGGACAGAAGCCAUGAUCCAGAGGGCCUUGCACCUGAUAGGUCAAGCAUUGCUUGAAGAGAAAAUGCAGCUUGAGGGUAGCUCUGUGGAGGAAGUGACAUUUGAUUUCAGCCUGAAGGCCCGAAGAAUCGGCUCAGAGCAUGGCAAGUCUGUUUUCCUCUUGUUGUCCAAGAUUAAGACUGUACCAUCCCUUGAAGCGCAGAAAGACAUGAUCAAAUGGGUUCUACAGAUGUUUGAGAUUAUCAAGUGCCUUAGGGAAAAGUCCAGUCCUUCAGCGUCUAUGAGUGUGGAAACAACCAAGCCUGAAGAGAGUGCUCAGGACAAAGAGAAAGCUGAGCGUAAAAGAAAGGCAGAAGCAGCCAAACUCCACAGACAGAAGAUCAUGGCCCAGAUGUCCGCAAUGCAGAAAAACUUCAUCGAGUCAAACAAGAUGUUGUAUGACGACAUGCCUGAGAGCAGAUCACAGGGAGAACCUGUUGAAGCCUCUGAGAGUUGUGCCAUGGAGCAGAAAGAGCAGUUUGUAGCCAUUGGCCCCUGCAGAGGGCCCACUCCAGACGAGAAGGAGGUGCUCACCUGCAUUCUCUGUCAGGAAGAACAAGAAGUGUCGGCUCAGGCUCCAGCAAUGGUGCUGACUGCGUGUGUGCAGAGGUCCACAGUGCUGACACAAUGCAGAGGGAAGAAACUGACAUGCAUAGGAGAUGGGACAGCAUACCCUCUCUUCAUGCCUCCUGAGCUGGCAGUUGGGACUCACACGGGCAGCUGUGGACAUGUCAUGCAUGCCACAUGUUGGCAAAAAUAUUUUGAGGCUGUUCAGAGUACGACUAGGAACCGGCUCCAUGCUGAGCUGAUCAUCGACCUGGAGAAUGGAGAGUACUUGUGUCCCCUCUGCAAGUCCCUGUGCAAUACUGUGGUCCCUCUCAUCCCAUUAGAACCGACACAGUUUAACUAUGAAUAUGCAGAAAGAUUACGACAGUUUUUGGCCAUGCCUCGCUGGAUCCAGAUCCUCUUGGCCAGGAUUAAAGGGCUCAAGUCAGUCACUCAGGAAAAUGAUAGCAGCACUGAAAGUAGCAGUGUUGAUGGCGACACUGGGAUGUGUGAAUAUGGACAGCUUGACUUUAGAUCCAUUCUCAGCUAUGGGAUACAACAACCGAGGAAACUCUCAGAAAGCAUUGUGGAGAUGCUUGUCGUGUGCGCCAUCACAGUCCACAGAGUGGGGCUGCAAACAGCACCCAAUGAGCUGUGCCCAUGUGUGCCCCUCAUGACCUGGAACACGUGUGCCUUCACUAUCCAGGCUAUAGAAAACAUACUGCAGGAGGAGGACAAGCCGCUCUUUGGGUCCUUACAAAACAGACAGCUUGCAGGUCUGAAGGCAAUCGUUCAGUUUUCAGCAGCUCAGAGACUCCAGGGCCCCCAGGCCGUCAUACAGAAGCACUUCACAGACAUGCUAGCCGUGUUGUUACCGGCCUUGAGCAGAAAAAACACACCUUCGCUGUUGGAGGUUGACUUCUUCCAUCUUCUGGUGGGCCUAGUUCUGUCUAUCCCCUCACUGUACCAGGAGCUGGCUGUAGACUUAGAGCCGCCGGCCGUCAGCUCUGCCUACAACCACAUGAACAUCCUACAUCUGGUCACCAUGGCUCACAUAGUGCAGGUUCUUCUGUCCUCCACAGAUUUCCCUGCUGUAGCGGGUGGAGAUGAGACAGAGGAGGCGAGAGCAGCAGCAGAGCUGUGCAACACACUUUCACAACACACUGGAAGGCUGAUUUCAGAUGUGUCUGGCAGCUCUGUGGCAGAGAGAGUGAAGAGAGGAAUUGAACCUUUCUUGCGCUGUGCUGCUCUCUUUUUCAACUGCCUUACAGGAGUACAUCCACCAGAGGAGCUCUCUAGUUCUGCAGUUACCUCCCAAGGACAGAUGGAAGCACUAUGUAGCUACUUGGCACUCCCCUCUAAUGUGUUUCAGCUCUUCCAGGAGCACAGAGACACUGUUACUCCAUUUCUGCAGAAGUGGUGUGGAAAUUGGUCUUUAACCAAAGCUCUGAUAGAAAAACCGCAAACAGUUAGAUAUCCCAGGAGAAGGAAUCGUUUGAUUGAGCUUCCGGAGGAUUACAGUGCUCUCCUUAAUCAGGCCAGCCAUUUUCAAUGUCCAAAGUCCAUGGAUGAUGAGAGGAAGCAUCCGACCCUGUGCCUGUUUUGUGGGGCCAUGCUGUGCUCUCAGAGUUCCUGCUGUCUCAGCCCACUGGAUGGGGAGGAUGUAGGAGCGUGCACCGCCCACGCUGCUACCUGUGGUGCUGGAGUGGGCAUGUUCCUCAGGAUAAGAGAGUGUGAAAUCGUGCUGAUGGCCAGUAAAACUCGAGGAAGCACGUAUCCUGCUCCUUACCUGGAUGAUUAUGGGGAGACUGAUCCUCAUCUUGGAAGGGGCAAUCCCCUGCACCUUUGCCCAGAGCGCUACAGGAAGCUGAACCAGCUAUGGCAGCAGCACUGCAUCCUGGAGGAAAUCGCCCGCAGCCUGGAGGUGGUCAACGUCAUGAUUGCCUUUGAGUGGCAGAUGUUGUGAUGAUUGCUCCUUCUGUGGAGGCUGGGAGGGGGUCAAGAGCACAGCCAUAGAGCACAAUCUGCUCCAGUGCUCCCACAAAUAAACACACACACACAAACACAGAAACAACAACAAUCCUCCAACAAUCAGAGAAGGCCUGAGUAGCCAAUCUCUUCCUGAUGAGGUGUGGAGAAGUGGGACAGUCAAAGAGGAGGAGGAGGAAUGUGAUGGAUGACUAGCAAACCCAAGUCGCCUUGUUUUAAUUUGUCUGCUGUGAGAAUGAGUUUCUUCUAUUAAUGUUCUCUGCAAAGAGGCUCAUUCAAAUAAAGACAAACAUCAGAUACACACUUCCAUGUUUCUGUUAUCACUUCAUGGUUUUGGUUUCUCUCCUCGGUGAUGCUGUGAAUUUUCUGCAUUUUCUUUCUGUGUUAGAAACUUUGAUUUGACCUAAGUUAUAAUUGAUGAAAAAUAGUCUUUUGAAGGGUAAUUUUAUUUUAAAAUGUGUCAUUACCAUGAAGAAUCCUGCACGUUUUUGUUUGGGAGGACAAAAAGAUGGCCACACUUCCUGUAACCUCUAUAAUCGUAUAUACUGAGGCACGUAUGUAACAGAUAGAAUAUACUUUAAAGGAUUUUCACUAUUCAGAAAGAUGUAUUUACAGUUUUCAAGUAUUCUGACAUUCAGCCCUACAGUUAGACCAAAAUUAUGUUAAUCCAAUACCCACUGUAUGUUUUUAAGGAUAAAAAAGAACUGAAGGGACCAUAGAAAGACAGAGUAAACACUUAAAACAAUCCAAGCUGAGAAAAAGAAAGUCAUCUAUUUAAUGAAGAAUUCUACUUUUUUUAAAGAAAGCAGGGUAGACUUAAAGCUCUAUCUUUGACCUAAUACAUCCGUUAUUGCUCAUGCUUUUCAGGAAGAAUGUGUGACUAAAGUUUCCUCCUUUUUGUGUUGUUUGACAAUACUACAUGAAUUCCAGGCUGGAAAUAAAGAUGCUAGCCUAAACACUGUUGACUGUCAUGUCCACUGACUUUCUGUCACUUUUUCUCAUUUAUCCCACGUGUCAGAUUUUGAUUUGUUCGAGUUUAUUUUCGAUAUUACAGAUCCAUGAGUAUGAAUCCUUAAUGUUUUACUUGAAUUGUGAAUUUGGCACAUGAAUGUCUCAGCAUGAAUCAACUAUGUUAACCUACAUGCUUUAGUUUUCCCUCCAUAUGCUUACUUUUCCUCUUUUAUUUGUAUUUAACUUACCUGUAGGGUCAACAGUGUUGUUAUGAUUCUGAAAAGAAAGCAGAGAUGCAGACUUCCAAUGCUUUACAGUCAAACAAAGUAUGAAAUGGUCCCACUCUUUGCAAUAUUUUGGUUUGUUGCCCAUAAAAAAAUCACAAAUAAUAAAAACCCAGCCAUCACCAGCUCAA